AGCAUCAUCUCCGCCAACCCCACCGCCACCACCGUAGCCAUCACCUGCGCGACCUCCUGCGUGCUCCCAUCGCCCUUCACCGUGACCGAAGGGCCCUCCACCUUCACCAUGAGCGCCGUCUACACCAUCAGCACCGAGGGCGUCGAAGAAGCCAUCACCAUCGUCGAGGACUGCGCGAUUACGAGUAGCUCCCUCGGCGCGUCGUGUUCCGUGUCGUAUGGUAUCGAGGCGACGUAUUUGGGGGUCAGUACGCGCUCGAGUUUCGCGACGGUCACGCAGGUGCCCGCUAGUGAGAUGUUUUAUGAGGCUGUCGCUAUUACGGGAGGGGCGGAUAAGUUGAGUGCGGCGGCUACUGCUACUGCGAGUGCCAGUGCCAGUGCGGGUGCUAGUGGGACGGAGGCCGUGUCGAAGGGCGCGGCCGGGAGGGUCACCGUGGGAGGAAAUGGGGUGUGGGGGAUGGUUGGGGGAGUUGUUGGUGUGGUGGGGAUGGGGAUG